GCCUGGCCCCAGUGUGGCCUCAGCUCCCGCUAGCAGUUCCCUUUCCUGGCGCCGCCUCACUGCAGCACCAUGGCGGCCCUCAUCUCGGUGUGCGACUUCAUGCAGCAGGUGCAGGAGGACCUCAGUUCGCCCACCACCUCCACCUUCACCAGUCACAUGGGCCACUGCAAGGCCACUGCUAGCAGCCUGGAGGAGGCCUUGGAUGCAGACCGAGCUGUGCUGCAGAAGAUGAGGAAAGCAGCCAAGGCGGAACACAGCUGUGGACAAGAUCUCAUCAACCACCUGGAAGCCCACAUUGCUGCCCAGGAGAAGUUCUCGGCCAACUACCAGCUGGAGGGUGAGGAGCAGCUGGCCAAUGCCUUCAGCACCUUCGCAGCCUUCUCCCAGGAGCUGCUGACCGCUGUCAGGAGCCUGUUGCAGAGUUUGUACCACAACAUUAACUUUUCCCUGGAGUCGUUAAUAAAGGGCGACAUGAAAGAGCUCAAAGGGGAGUUCAAGAAGCCCUUUGAGAAGGCCUGCAAAGACUAUGAGAGCAAACUCACGAGGAUCGAGAAAGAGAAGCGUGAGCUGGCAAAGCAGCAUGGCAUGGUGCGGAGUGAGGUGAGCAGCGGGGAGAUUGCUGAGGAGAUGGAGAAGGAGCGCAGGACCUUCCAGUUAAACAUGUGUGAGUAUCUAAUCAAAGUGAAUGAGAUCAAAACCAAGAAAGGGAUCGACUUGCUGCAAAACCACAUCAAGCACUGCAGCUCACAGUUCAAUUUUUUCCAGGAAUGUUUAACUGCAACAGCAAAACUGAAGAAUUUUACAGAGAAGCUCAUCCCAGAGCUGCAGAGUCUGAAGACCAGGCAGGACGAGGAGAAGAAGCAGCUGUGUGCCCUUCGGGAUCAGCUGAAGGCAGCGUUGCAGCUGGAGCAGAAGGAGGACACUGGGAGCAAGCAAGCAGUGUACAACAUGCACCAGCUGCAAGGGAACAAGCAGUACGGCACGGAGAAGACAGGGACCCUCUUUAAGAAAAGCGAUGGGCUGAGAAAAGUCUGGCAGAAGAGGAAAUGCACCAUCAGGAAUGGUUACCUGACCAUCUCUCACAGCAUGCCCAACCGCCCGCCAGCCAAGUUGAACCUACUGACCUGCCAGGUGAAGCCGAAUGUGGAUGACAGGAAAUGCUUUGAUCUGGUUUCACACAACCGCACGUAUCGCUUCCUGGCGGAGGAUGAGCAGGACUGUGUCGCCUGGGUGUCUGUCCUCAGCAACAGCAAGGAGGAGGCGCUGAACGUGGCCUUCAGCAAGGUGCAGGGCGGAGGGGAGAGCAGCAGGGAGGAGCUGACCCGGGCCAUCAUCAAGGAGGUCAGAGGCAUGCCUGGGAACAGGGAGUGCUGUGACUGCUCAGCACCAGAUCCCACCUGGCUCUCCAUUAACUUGGGCAUCCUGAUCUGCAUUGAGUGCUCUGGGAUUCACAGAGAGAUGGGUGUGCAUGUCUCCCGCAUCCAGUCACUGUCUCUGGACAAGCUGGCAACCUCUGAAUUGCUGCUGGCAAGGAACAUCAGCAACGCUGGCUUCAAUGACAUCAUGGAAGCGAAUCUUUCCAGCUUCUCCGCCAAGCCUGUGGUGCACAGUGACAUGGCCUUUCGGAAAAAUUUCAUCAUUUCCAAGUAUGUUGAGAAGAAAUAUGCCAAGAGGAGCCCUGCUGCUCAGUGCCCAAGCCUCCCAGAAGCCGUCAAGAAUAAGGACAUAUUUUCUUUACUCCAAGCUUAUGCAGAGAACACGGAUUUGAGCGAGCCUGUGCAGGCACCUCUGCAGGAACCUGGGGAGACCAUUCUCCACCUGGCAGUGCUGUUGUCUGACCAAACCUCAUUGCAUAUCGUCGAUUUUCUUGUCCAGAACAGCGGGAGCCUAGAAAAGCAGACUGUGGUGGGGAACACACCACUUCACUACUGCUGCACUCACAACAAACCCGAGUGUCUCAAACUGCUGCUGAAGGCCAAAGCCAGGAUUGCCAUCGCUAACAAAGCAGGAGAGACAGCCCUGGACAUUGCCCGGAGGACAAGACAUCCCCAGUGUGAAUUGCUGCUGUUGCAGGCCCAGAACAACCAGUUCAACCCGCGCGUCGAUGUAGAGUAUGAGUGGUGGCUGGGCCAAGACGACGUGUAUGAAAGUGAUGAAGACCUGGAUGAGAAGCUGGGUCUUGUGAAGAGGGGGUUUUCCCAUCCCCAGAGCUGCUGCCACUCCCCUGCCACUGCCUCCAGGCCGGAAGCAGCAGGGACAGUGCCCCAGGGGAGGUGGCUGGACAUCUACGCCCUGCCAGACACCCACCUCCAUAGCCUGGACAUGCCACCAGCACUCUCCUACCUGCCUUCCUUCCCACCUCAGCGGGCAAAGUCAGCUCCUGAGGGAUCAUGUCCUCAUCUUCUUACCAGCUCAUCCAACUUUGCUGAGGACACACGAACCAGGAGGAGCCCCCCGCUGUCUCUCAGCAUCAAGCACAAGCGUACAUCCUCAGAGCCAGCUCCUUGGGUCCCACUUAGCCCUGAGAAACCAAGUCUUGCCACCCUGGCUUCGGGUAAUGAACAGACCAUCCCAGGAGGGGCAAGAACAGGCCAUGCCAUGGGGAUUGGCCAUGCUGGUGGGCCUGUGGCCCAGCACCUGCUAGAUCAGACUGGUCAUGGCUUGUUGAGCCAGGGUAGCUUGGGGGCACAUUGGAGCUGCACGGCCCAGCUCCCACCACUGCCGGCUCUGCCUGUUGAUGCUUUUCCUCACCCCAGACUCCACUCUAAGUCUUUCUGCUUCCUAACCACAUCCUCUUCCCCUGCUGCCCCUCUUAACCCCAGACCCAGAUCCUGUUUCCCUUCCUGCUUUCAAUCUCAGCCGGCUGGGGCACUUUUUGCUCACGCUGUGACAAGGAGCAGGACUGUGCUGCACGGUGUUGCCCAACAGUGGUGGUUGCUGUUGUCAACAGGUGUUGUCCACCUGUGUUUAAAGGUGGGAGGAUGUGACCACCCUGCUUGUGUUGUAGGUGCCCUGAAGGCCAUGGACUGCCUCUACACGCCUGUUCCCAGCAAAGCUGAACAGCCUGGCCCACACCAAUCCCUCCAAGAGUCAGAGCCAUGUUGUGGACAUCCCCCACAUGUCCCACCUCCUCUUCCUCGGAGGAGCAGUUUGAACAAGCUGCUGCUCCGCAGGGUCCGCGCUCUUUAUGACUGCAAUGCUGACCGGGAAGAUGAGCUGACCUUCCGCACAGGCGAGAUCAUUGUGGUGUCUGAAAAGGAGGACAGCAACUGGUGGAAAGGCUGGAUUGAAGGACAGCCUCACAGGCGAGGUGUCUUCCCUGCUUCCUUUGUUCAUGUGCUCAACGAAUAGGAGCCACUUCGAUUCAGGAGGGAAGAUCUGAUAAGCCGCUUGAAAUGCGACCCUCCCCCAGCACUCACCUGUGCCUCUGGUCCCAGCAUCGCCUCUCCUCCCACAGCCAGCCUGCCCCAGAGCACCACCUGGCCAACAGCGCUGGGGCCCCAGAGCCCCCAGCGUGCCACAGUUUGAGCAGCCUUUGGGGCUGAGGUGCAGGCAGUGGGCACGGAACAGGACACUGUGCUUUCCCCAAGUGUGGAGAAAUUGCCUAAAGUAACUAGGAAAAUUAAACUAAUAUUCACAUUUUAAAGAAGAUGUACAGCAUUGAAGAAGCUUCCAGGGAAUGUAGCUGCACUACCUAAGCGUUCCCUAGGCCUCCAACCUUAGAUGCUAUUGCACUGGGGAAACCUGGCGCGCUGACUCUAAGGAACAGUAGGGAGCGUAGAGCGGAGUGGAGACACUGUGGCUAGGCUCUGUGACCAGGUGGGGACCCGACUGCUCUUGUGCACACUGAGACCGGUAAACUGCACAUUUGCUACCCUGAGCCAAUGACCUGUCAUAUUUUUGACAAAAUGCUGUACUCUAGUGCACUUUUGCUCAUUAUAAUAUCAUUAUAAUACCAAAACACACCUCCGUCUCAAAAGCUACCCACCUCCAAGGUGCAACCACCCCUCAUUGAGCACGCACUCUGAAUUUCUCGUAGCCUAUACCUUUAAAUGAAAGUGAGAAAACUUUUUACCAAUCAUAACCAAGAUAUGCUUGAAUAGAGUCACUCAAGCUCCACCUAAAAGAAAAUAAUAUAAAUUGGCUUAAGAGAAAGGGGAUGUUAGGGAAGAUACCAUCACGAAGGAUACCUUCUGACUUCUGGGAUCAGUCGAUGGGCUGAGCCUCUCUUCCCCUCCAUUGGGAUGCCAUGGGGUAAGAUUUGAACACUUGGUUAUACCAGGUGUCUCUGCAGAAACAUAGAAAUCUCUAUAGAGCCUUUGUGCCUUUUAACGCAUUAAUAGCCAGGCUGUGUACCUGUGUAUUUCACGCAUGCUAGCUUGCUUUUGCAGACAGUGAAUUUAUCGCUGGCAAUCCAAAGAACCUGUGUACCUGUUGCUGUAAUAAAUUGCAAUUAAUCGCAUUGUUCCUAGCCAUGAUAGUUCUCAUUGAACGCGACUAGAGUGAGGGUGUGCUAUGUUAUCUGUGAGCAUAAUAGUUCAAUACCCUGAAUCUGACCGAACCCAUAACAGUUAAUCAGCUAUGCCCCUUAACGUGACACUGCCUGUCCCGUGCGCUGACCGCUGUAAUGGAAACAAUGGUGCUGCAGGGCCAUGCUGCUGCCCUGCAGAGCUAUUGGGCUGCGAGCAGAGCUGUGCUGCUGAGCAAACCCUGGAUAGUGGCUUUGGCUGAGGAUGGGGCAUGGCAGGAACCUUAGAAAUUCAAAUGAGCUCAGUGGAGCCAGCAGCACUGAGCAUUUGUGCUGUCCUCACUGCUUGCACUGGGUUGAGACAGGGAACAAGAAAAAGGAUGUUGAUUCUGUAGGUCUUAGCUAGCACAAUUGUAUGUUAACAACCCCAAA